AUGUUGUCCGGGGGCGGCGGCGGCGGCGUCCUCAGCGCGGGCGGAGCUUUCGGCUGGCCAUUGCCAGAGCUGCGCGAUGACGUCACGCUGCCCUCGCGGGACCGACGCCUGCACAAUGAUGACGCCGGGGUACGGCAGGCAGCUGUGGCCCCUGCGGCAGCGCCCGCGGCCAGCCCGCCGUGCAGCAGCGCCCCUCGCAGCGAGGAAGCGUCGCCAGGGACAGGGCAGGACGGCCGCAGAGAGCAGCGGCUGCGGCGCGCCGUGGACCUCCUUUGGAGGCAGACGCGCCGCCUGCGCGCCGACAUCCGCCGCCUGCACUGCGAUCUCAAGACGGAGGAGCAGCGAGUUGCCGGCCUGCUGGAGGAAGCUCGGCGGGUCCGGGAGGAGCUGCUGGACGCGCGGUUCCUGGACGACCUGGUCCUGCUGCUCGACGGCCGCCUCGACUGCAUGCCGCUGCGCCACUGGCCCUUCGCGGUGGCAAACGCGGCGCGCUCUGUCGCCGCAGACGCCAACCUCGUCAUAUGACCGCCACACAGUGCCGCCAUCUGUUAGCGAAAGCGACUACUGUCUCUGAGACAAUGGUGAAAAGAAAUUCGGCUCGGUUGUAUCAUCGGAUACUGCUUCGGCCUCAGUUAUUACUGUGGAAUUAUUCGUUGAAUUCCGGGUCAUUUUCAACAGUGGAGGUGGCAAAAGAAGUCGCAGAACUUCACAGAACUGUUUCCACGAGUAAAUUUUGUAUUCAGAUUAGACAUAACAUCGUGAGCUUAUGCAGAGACAAAGCUAGUCCGUUGCAGAAAUAUCAGAGUCGCCUUGAAGCUUCUGCAGCUUUCAUACCAGGAUUUCUGAGAACAAUACUUACGUUUAAAGUUCAGAGCUGUCAUCAGUACAAGGAAAGAAUGACUGCAAAACUGAAAACGCGUGGUUUUGAAUCACACCAUAAUACUGUUUGCUUUCACAGACAUAAAAUAUUGAGGCUUGCUCUCUACUUCCGACAGAGCAAUUAUGUGAGGGUCUCCCUCGACUUUAUUAGUUCCACCACGGUCUCAUACUGGCACAGCCAUGACACACGUAACGUUCUAGAAAUUUUGGGCUUUCGAAGAGGAGCGAACUCUGCUGCUAAGGUAUCUACAUAUAAUAGAAGAAAACUCCGUGGCGCCAUUUACUACCAGAUAUUCACUUCUCAUUUUAUGGCUGCUUCAUUCUUCUGCGAA